GUACAUAAGACAGUUCAAUAUUCUAACUCCUUCCUCUCUCCUUUUUAAAUAGCGUUCGGAUAUCGCGGAUACUUAGGCGAAACCCUUAGAGAGCCCAUAGAUAGUUUCCCUCCCCCUUCGAAAACUUUCCGCUGGAAAUGACAAGUUUAACGAGCGGAUCCGGAUAACUUUCGCCGUUCGACCGGAAAGUUUCGCGCGAUUUUUCGAAAAAGAUGGACGGACGGACGGACGAUGGUGAUCCGACAACGUGCGAUUGUUUCGUGCGAAGCGACGGUAUCCGGGAUAACGCUGCAUCUUAUAAUAACGCGACGAGAAAUUCUCUGUUCGAAAUAGCUCCGCAUUUUUCCGAUACGUCUAUUAAAAGAAAAAAAAAAAAAAAGAACGCUCUUUUAUCCAUUAAGGGUUUUUGGUUGACGAAAAUCAUGAGGAGAGAAGAGACGACGAGCGCCACGGUCUCGAACGUGUUACGAUCAAAAGGGGGGAAAAAGGGGGAGAAAGAGACAGUGAUCGAUUCGAAAUCUCGAGAAUGAUCCAGUCGACACCUUCGUGAUAGUUUCGAUAGAUUUAGAUUACAUUAUAAGAUUUCAAUUGUCUUUGCAAGGAGCGGAGAUCCGUACUCGCGAGAUACGAGAACGAUCCUUUGUUCAAUUUAUAUUGUAUUUUAUAAAAUUCAUUGGAGAAGAUCGUUCGUGAUUUUUAAUUAGGCGAUAGAUUUGCUCGAUUCGAUUUGAACGUCGUGCGUUUGUCGAGGCACGGAUCGAGAGGUAAUUAGAGAUCGAACAAUUUUUUCCCCGAUUGCUCGUAGCGAUUGGUCGAAACCGGUUGGUGUUACGCAAUACGCGCAGUACGAAUGCCGCGUGCAGAUUGUAUAGACGCUCGUUUAUUUCGUUGCUGCUCACGAAAUCGCUCCGCGAUUCUCACUUAAACGAUUUAAAUAAAGAUAGAGUGUUAGAUAUCAUCGGCGGCCAAAAGAAUAAAUAAUAGAUCGUCGAUUUCUCUUCGUGAAAAGAAAAGAAAAAGAAAAAGAAACAAAAAAAAAGUGAAUAAAAAGGUAUCGUAGUUUCCACCGAUGUUUCCAUCGAAUUCUCGCGUGUGACGGCGACGCGUUAACGUCGUUUCUAUUGUAAAUACAAAUGGGAUUUCUAUAGGAAAAAAAAAGGUAUCCCCCCUCCGAACUACCGAAUGCGAGAUCGGUAAUAAAACGAGGCUGGUUUGCGCCAGCUAGUUCGCAUCGUUGUUCUCGAACGUAGAAGGUGAACGAGAUCUUUGCGCUUCCGUGUCACGAUUUGCUCACGAUUUCACAAUUUCUGAGAACGAUCGUCCUCGACGAUCUCUUUUCACGAUUUCAUUAUCGUGCAUUAACGUUAAGAGAUCAUACGAACCGCUUUGUUUCACUUUUCUCUUUCUUUGUUCAACUUUUUCAUCCGUCGAAUUCCUCUUCCCUUCUUUGAAACUUUUCCAAUUAUCGAAUAUUCUUUGGUUACAAAGAAAGCUUCCAAGCUUUCUCGUUUCGACUUUGAAAUUUUAAUUUUCUUCUUUCACACGCGUCGCGUAAAGAUCGUUCGAUAACGCCUUACCAUGUACGAAAUAUUCUAUCCACGCUAGCGAGUUUCGAGGAUUAAUGUUUGACGCGAGACAGAGACAAAGCGACAGAGAUCGAAACGAAAGAAAAGGGAAGGAAGAGGAAAGAAACGUGUAUUAAAUUAAUAAAUCGCAAUCAGAGUGCAGAGUUAUCCAACGAUUCGAUUAUCAGCUUCUGAUCGCGCCCUUUUUUUUUUCGAUGAUGCGAUUUUUAAAAUUAAACGAGAGAGAAGAUUAUAUACGGUGUUCGAAAGUAAAGUAAGAAAAAAAAAAGCGAAUAGCACGUACGAGUAUCAAAAAAAAAAAAAAAAGAAAAAAGAAAAGAAAAGGAAGAUAGCAAAUUAAAAAAGGAGGAAAAAUACGAGAGGCAAGGAAAGCUGGAACGUUUACAACGAUGCUUCGUAUGUAUAAUAUUUAUUUCUUUGCAAUCACUGAUGUAAAUAAAUGCAACAGUUUCAAAACGGUUGGCCGAAUCGCUCGGUUGACGUCAACUUGAUAUUCUGUGCUUUGCCUUCCAUCAUUUUAUCCGCCCUCUUUCUUUUAUUUUAUUUUUUUUUCCCCCCCUUCUUUUAAACUGUUUAUCAAUUUAUUUUCUUUCUUCAAAGAAAAGUGGAAUACAAAUAUUUUUCGCUUCUUUUCGGUUAUCGGUUUCUUGCUUCUCGCGAACGCGAGAAUUUUUGUCGAAAUUUAAUAACGAAAAUUCUUUGACAAAAUUGCUACGUUAUUAAAUUCUACGUCGAACAUCGACGUUAAUUAUUAGAGCGACAUCGUUGGUAUAAUAUAUACGUAUAUUAUACACGAGUGUAGCCACGUAAUUGGACAAUAUGUCUUUAUUAUUUUGCACAACGAUGCAACAUCAUCGUCCACCAAACUGCCUAAUGAAACAUUACUCGAUAUCUGAGCAGAAAUGUUCGAGUCAAUGGUCAGGAAAUAGCGAAAUACCGAUUAUUCCCUAAUCAACAAUUGGCGAUAUUGAGAAUCGUUUUAAAAGGCUUGACACGGGAAAUUAAAUAAAAUACUUAUUCGAAUCUCUUUGAAUGGGAUAUUUAUAGAUGGAAAGUAAAAUCGAUUCGCGUUUAUGAUUUGAUAAUGUAAAUGCGAUGGAUAGAAAUAGCAUCGAGAUUAAUUUAUUCUAUAUUAAUACUAUUCGCGUAUGAUAAAUGCCUCGUGCAAACUGAUAUAAAUACCCGUGUGAACAUCAUUCGAAUGAGCUAUUAACAACGAUAUCGCGUACCGCCUCCGUGUUACAAAAUUAUUAUCGGUUAUUCGCUUAUUCUCCAAAGUAUAUUUGUUUCGCUCAGAAAUUCGUGCUCGAUAAUCAGUUUUGUUUCGAACACGAAGCGGUACAGUUUCGACAGUACGAUGUUGCACAAGAUUUGGUUAUUUUCUUUAAUAAUUUUCAUCGAUGCCAGAGUGAUCGAUAUUAGGAACGACUUACUAAGCUGUUCAACGAGGGAAUGCAAAGACUUUGGUAGGAGGAUAAUAACGAACAUGAACGCCUCCGUGGAUCCGUGCGUGGACUUUUAUGAAUAUGCAUGCGGUAAUUGGCCGAGAACGCAUAUACUUCCGCCUGAUGAGAAUUCCUGGCAAAUGCGAGCCGCCUCUGAUGAAGAGAACAAACGAAGAGUCGAGGAGAUAUUGAAGUUGGAAUUGCGAGGCGAUGAAAUUCCUUCCGUAAAAGUAGCGAAGCAGUGGUACAAAACAUGCAUGAAUACAGAGGAUGCAAACAAACGAGGUAUGGAGCCAUUAGUGUCGAUGUUCGAUAAAAUUGGUGGAUGGCCGAUGAUAAUGGAACGAAACGAGUGGAACGAGAGUGGACAGAAAUGGCAGAAUAUAGACGAUUAUUACGCUCAUUUAAGGGGAUUGAAUUUAUUACACGAUAUCCGGGUCACGGUAUACGAUAGAGGUUCUAAAGAGAAGAGCGUAGUGUUGGACGUACCUGAUACGCCGUUGUACUCGUGGAUGCUGCGAGAAUAUUUCGACGCCGAGAAUGAGACGAUUAACAAACAAGAUUUUAGAAAGGCGGAAAAAUAUUGGGACUGGAUUUCAAAAAUAGUUUCGAGAAUAUCCGAGGCUGCAGGAUUUAAUAUAACGAAGUCUCAGUUGGAAGAAGACAUUGAGGAUAUUUUUAGUUUCGAAUGGAAGCUAUUAAAGAUAACUAGUUUAGUAGACGAUUAUGUAAAUAUGACUGUGGGAGAUUUUCAAAGAUGGUACGAUCAUUUAAACUCACGUACAGAAAACUCUAAGGUGAAUUGGACGGAUAAAAUAAUUAAUAUUUUUAAAGAAUCGGGUAUCGAUAUUUCAAACGAUACAUUAGUAAAAAUAACUUCUCCCGGUUAUUUCAAAAAUUUAAUUCCUCUACUUGACGAGACUUCGACCAGAAUUAUAGUAAAUUUCCUUCAUUGGAGUUUCGUUUCGUCCAUGAUCACGAGGACUACUGACGAAAUGAGAGAAUUGAACGCCAAAAUGGUCGAAAGCGAUUCAAACGAACAGGAAUCUAGGUCAGAUUUGUGCAUUAAGGAAGGAAAAAUAAUGGAAGUAAUCGCUUACGAAUUUGUGAGAAGAUAUUUUUCUAACGAUAUGAUAGACAUGACGAUGAAUGCGUUGAAUGAUAUAGAAGAGGAAAUGAAAGUGGAUAUAGAAGAAUCGAAUUGGGCGAGCGAGGAGAUAAAAGGUUUCGCUUUGAGAAAAAUUAAAUCCAUAAAGAAGAAUAUUGGUUAUCCGGAUUGGUACAACAACGCGUCCAUCAUGGAAAAUUAUUUUGGCAAUCUUACUAUGGGACCGACGUAUUUCGAAAAUGCUUUGAGAUUUCAAAAAUUUUAUAAAUUAAAGGAAUUACGAUUUUUGAAAUAUAAAGAUUUAGCAAAAUCGUGGAUUAUUGAUCCUUUGACGAUCAAUGCUUUUUAUUUAAGCGAAUCGAAUUCGAUCACAGUACCUCUGGCCAAUCUACAGAAACCAUUUUUCAGCAAGAAUCAGCCAAAUACGAUCAACUAUGCAUUGACUGGAUUUUUACUGGCUCAUGAAUUAUAUCAUUCCUUUGAUGAAUUAAAACGUUUUUUUAAUGAACAUGGAAAAAAGAUAAAUUGGCCAAAAACAAUGACAAACGAAUAUUAUAAAAGUGCUCAAUGUUUUGUCGAUCAGUAUAAUAAUUAUACUUUGAAUGGCACAUCUUCUGGCAUAAAAAUUAACAAUUAUGGCAAUCAAACUUUUGAUGAAAAUAUGCCAGACACUAUGGGAUUGAGAACUGCAUAUAAAGCGUAUAAAAGAAGGGAAACGAUAAAUGGAAAAUCAGAAGCAGCAUUGCCUGGAUUAGAAAUGUUCAACAACGAUCAAAUUUUCUUCUUAUCGUCUGCCAAUUUAUGGUGUGAAAAUAGAAAUUCCGAAACAGCAAUAACGGAAGCUAAAUUAGACGUGCACAGUAUUGCACGAUUAAGAUCCAUUGGCGCUCUUUCAAACAAUCAAGAUUUUACAGAUGCAUUUUCGUGCCCCAUUGGUAGUCCUAUGAAUCGUAAAAAGAAGUGCAACAUUUGGAAAAUAUAAUAAAAAUACUUAAAUUUAUAUAUAUA